AUGACGUGUCAGUCGUUCGCCAGGUGGAUCGACGGCACUGGUCGCGCGGUGACGUCAGCCGCGCGUGCAAACACCUCGCUGCGACACGCCGUCAUCCUAUCGCGACUCCAAACCGUCAAUUCUGACUGUCUACGCGAUCGUCCAGAAUGCCGGCGGGCGGCGAAUGACAGAAGCGGCGGGACUGCGGGACGGCCGUUGGUGUUGCGGGGAGCCGUUGAAAGUGCAAUCCGCAUCUCCGCUGCGCGCUCCGAUCGCCCUCGUUAUAGCAGAUCUAAGUCACCCAUCGCUUAUGUGUCCCCUCAAGAAAAGACUAAUUUUAGGAGGUCGCUGGUAUGCUCGCGAUCCCCUCGCGAGCCGCGCGUCACCAGCGCCAUUCACGGCGGUUGGCGAUCCACGCCCGGCAUUGCCGCGAUUACGCCGUGUGGCCCGCCAGGACGUGUCGGCGCGAUUGGCCCGCAGCGUGCGCGUAGCUUCCGCCGAAGUAGCACGAUCUGUCUGGUGCGGGCGGGAACCGGGAGCGCGGAGUCACGGCAUGGCGCGGGGAUUGGCGCGGGGAUCGGUGCGGAUGCGCGCGCGGAACGGGAGGGGUUCGCGGCGGACGGGAUCAUCGUUCUGGCGGGCGGACUGAAACGCGACGGCAGUGUUCCAGAGUGGGUGGCGCGGCGCCUGGAUGCAGCGGCGGAGCUCUACCGCGCCAUGCACGGGGGGGAGGGGGAAGCGGCCGUGAACGGCGGGCAAAGUGACGCCUCCGCCUCCGCCUCCGCCUCCACCUCUGCAUCCCCCAGCCCUUCCGCCAAUACCUGCCGCUGCCCCAUAGUGGUGCUGGGGGCGGGCACUCCGCACGUGCAGCCGGUGCUGAGUCAGCACGGACACAUGUGGCAUGAGAGCAGCGCGUGCGCUCAGUACCUCGUGGACAAGGUAGCAUCUGGGGCAGGUGGCGUCUGGGGCAGGUAG